AUGUUGAAAUCCCACUGCAAUGCCAUCAAGCCCGUGCUGACGGAGGCAAACAAGUACAUUAGCUUGAAGUUCACCAUGAGCUUCGUUCGACCAGACAUGCAGUUUAGCUCUCUGAACUACUUCCACAUUGAUGAGAAAUGGUUCUACCUCACAAAGAAACUCCGCUUUCUCACUCAAGUCAUGAAUUUCACGGCGGUUGCCCGGUCGCGGCACAUAGAUGUCACUGCAUCAUGGUGGGAUGGCAAGAUUGGCACUUGGCCGUUCGUGGAGACAGUCCUGACCCAACGAACAAGCUCGAAUCGGGGGGACCCCUGUGACGAUGACUAUGGUGACGUGGCCAUCAACGGACAAAUCCAUAUUGACCUAACACAACAAUGCGAAGGCUCGCAUUGCGGCGUCGGACACAAUGCUGUAUUGGAGUUAGCCGAGUACAGGUCUCGUGGCUGGUCGUUCGAGCUUGCCCCACAGACACCGAACUCCCCCGACCCCAACAUCCACGACCUUGGCCUCUUUGCGGCGCUGCAAUUGCUACAAUAUCAGAAGUAUGCACGGUCGAUAGACAAGUAG